AAGUAAAACUUAAAAUAAAAUCAAACUAUUUGUAUGAAAAAUGAUCAAAAAAUUAUGCCAACUUGACAUUAAAAAUAUCAUACAAUUUUGUGACACUUGAAUUACAUACAUAUAUUUUAUUUAUUUGUCUUCAAUCAGUUUUAACCACAAGCAGAAUGAAUACUUCCACUCAACAGAAUGCACCAUGGUGGACCAACUUGCUAGCGAAGUUCAGCAGUACUAUAUACGCAGCAGGGAGAUCGAAAGAUUAUCCAUCUGAUUCGUCUCUCAGAGCGGCUUCCGCUGGGAAAAAAGGGGCAGCAGGGGACUGCCCGCCACCGGGCAACCUGGAGUCUUGCCCAGUUCACUUCCCGAAAGAGGGGAAAGUCACCGCCAGUGACCGAGGAAAGACAGGGGCUGGCGUGACCGGAUCGCGCAAAAAGCCUUGUCCUGAUAAAGACUCCGAUGAGCUUCCAGCGGGAGCCAACAACCCUGGUCUCUUGCGCUACAUUCACAACGCAGCCCGGUACCGCUUGCCGCAGUGUUUCGAAGGCGGCAGUGUAUCUGUCAAACAAAGCUCUCAGAGCAACUGGAUUUUGGGACACUCGUUGUCUUUCAGUUCUGUAACUCCUGGAGGUUACAAGUUACUAUUGUCUUACGUGGAUAAAUCGAAGCCGACAGGCCUACCCUACUUUGUAAUGGAAGCAGCCCCUGGAGGUCAAAUGAGCUGCGAGAUGCGAGUCGGACCCACGCAGGGGACGAGGGCGACUGUAGUGGCGCAGAUUGCAGACGCGGAAUUCUACAGCUUUGAGAGUAUUUUUGAUGCAUAUUUUAAUAGUUUUACGGCAUCUAUUAUCGCCGUAAAUCGUGAGUUUAUAGCAUUGCAUUUUCUGCAGGCUAUCACGGAGCAGAUAUCGCUGGGUGCAGAGAUCGUGGCCCGGGGCCAGGCUACGGAGCUGAGCUCUGCGUCUGGCGCAGGCCGCUGGGUCAGCGAUGAACACUCCAUCAGCGCCACCCUCGGGAACAGGGGCCUGGACCUCUGCUAUGCAAGGGUCAUAACUCCUUAUCUGACCAUUGCUGGGAUGCUCGAGGUCGGGUUUGCAAUACGGCGCGCAGUGGCUACACUAGCCUAUGAGUGGCGGAGCGAGGAGUGGACGGUGCGCGGUUCGGCGGACUCUGAUGGGCUGGUCGGAGCCACGCUGCAGCGCGCACUGGGCGGCAAGCGCGCCGACCUCGCCUGUGCCAUCUCCGCGCUGCUCAACCACCCUAACGACAAGUUCAGGCUUGGCUUUGGAAUCACCGCUGCUAUUGUCUAACUAACAGCAGUUUUCAGACAUCCCUCGGAAUGUGGCACUAUGAGUUUCGCCGCUGCGUGCAGACAGCCACAUACAAACGCGCUUUGACUGCUUCAGCUUUGAUGCUCUUACCGCUCUCCUAGGACGCCGAGUUUAUGCAAUCCAGUGCUGACUGUUCUAUCAAAAUUGUCUGACUCACAGGUAAGUUAGGUAUAGCUAUAGGUAUUUUUAUCACAGUUUAGCACUUACUUAGAUAAUUUUAUGCCUUUACUAUUAUUAUAUAGGAAUGUUUUUAAUUACUUAUAUCUUACGUUUAAACAUUAAAUA